AUGCACAGCUUGUCUGAAAUGGCGACAAUGCCGGCGACGACGAUGAGUGGCAGCGGCGGCCACGAGAUGAUUUCCGGUGGAACUUUCUCCAACUGCGGCUCCUCGACGUCUUCUGUCGGUCACCUCGGUGCAGACGGCGGCUCGUUCGUCCCGACUUCGUCACAGGACGAGGCGAUGGACGAGCUGGGACCAGUGUCGCGAGACCGCUGCAAUACCUGGCCGAUGCGGAGGCCUAACCUCGACAUCAACGCCCAGACGAGCCCUCUAAUACACGAGGAAAUCCCGGAGGAAGAAAACGAGUUCGUAAAAGAACCUUUUCCUUACCAAGUGCCAUCCUUUCAAUCUGUAUGAUAGCUUUUUCUUUUGAUGUUUCCAUGAACGAGAGUUUAUAUGGUUGGAUAAUUGGAUGAAGUCAUUUAGUGUAGAAUUUGAAAAUCAAGGGCUUCACGUGAAUCAGAAAGUCUCGAGCAUGACUUUUUCAAAUGACGAAUAUAAUAAAGAAAGAAUUGACAUUUUUUUUUAGGUGUUUCUUAUUUCCUUUUAUGGUCAGAGUUCAAGUGUGAAAAAAACUUGUUUCGAUCGUAUUUUUUGAAACAGUGAAUCGAGUGUAUACGUAUAUAUGUAUAUAACUUUAAUUGGGUAUAAUUUAUAUGUAUAUAAAAAUUAAUUCAAAAAACAGAAAAUAUGGAUCUUUGUACUUUGAUGUUUUUCCGAGAUUACUGAUGAUUUAACGACCACGCUUGUGGAUAUAUUGUUUUCAUGAGCACUUCUGAUAAGUUGGGAUUUUGAAAGAUAAGCACUUAAUCAGAGAAUAAAGCUUUUGCGCAUGUUCAUUUCUGAACGUUGCAGCCUCUACGACAGCUCGGAACACAUCGGAAGACUCGGCGGAUCUUCUACGAAUUCCAACGGCGUCCUGCACAGUCCCGAUGCCAACAGCACAUAUUCAGAGUAAGCUCAGAACUAUUUUUUUCACUGACUUUUUAAACGAUUUUUAAAGUUUUUUUUUUCUCCAAACGAUCUUAUUUUGAGUUUUAAUUGCCGCGUCUCGAAAGGACUUUGCGAAGUUUUGAAUAUUUUUUUGUCUCACCAAAAUAUCCGUUAUCUUUUUUCACUUUUGGACUGUUUAGCCGUAAAUAAUUAGAAGUUCAAUUGCAGAGUGAAUUUUCUUAAAGUUUCAAUUUUAGAGUGAAUAACUUAAAGUUUCAAAAAUCCCAUAGUGAGUCGUUUGAUGUAGUUCAAAACGGCUUUUUGAGAAAGCGGAAAAUUAGACGUGGAUAUACUCGUCGAACCAGGCGGGGUUUAUUUAUUUUUUUUUUCAGAGUAGUCUUAAAAACUCCAGCGUAAUUUUCAAUCAUGCGAAAAUUUUCAUUCACGCUCAAAUACAGUUUUUUUUGUUCAGAUAAUUCACGGACUUGUGAUAAUGACUUUUUCUGGAAAUCUAUCAAUUCCUCUCAAUCCGGGAAAAUGCAAAAAGAAAUUUUAUCUUUGUUUUUCUUUUGAGUUCCUGAAGAAAAAGUUUCAAGAUCAGAAAACAUGAAAGAAGUUUUAGACGAUGGAGGAUGAGAAACUUGGAGAAUUUUGAUAAAAAUGUAUAAUUGCCGGUGGUCAUAAUCGUGUUAGAAAAAAAGCUUAAUCGAUGCCGGUUUACCUGAAAAAAAAAAAUCAUAACUUUGGCUGUAGGUGUCUUAAAUUCAUGUUUAAGGUAACAAAUAUUUAGAAUUGUAUGCUUGAUAAUCCUAAAGAAACAACACUUUCAAAAAAUUUCAAGGAAAAACCUGAAGUUUUACGUCAUUUAAUAAGUUCCAAAAAUCUUAAAUAGGGCUUUAGAUGUCCUAAAUUCAUGGUUGAGGUAUAGAAAUAUUCAUAACUGUGUGCUUGAUAAUCCUAAAAUAACAGUACCCUAAAAAAUGGUCAAAAAAAGAAUAAAGUUGUACUUGGUAGGCCUCGCGACCCUUCCAUGAACGUGACAGUUUCUUUUGAUCCAAUUGAAAUGAGAUAAAUGAAGAAAAUUACAGGGUCUCGUCUCCUGUUAUGAACGGCGUCUCUCCGACUGAAAGCAACGAAGUCUCGAGCAACUCCAAGAAGUCGACGACCCGACGCAACGCCUGGGGCAACAUGAGCUACGCGGAUCUCAUCACGCAGGCCAUUCUACAAAGUCCCGACAAACGACUCACGCUUUCACAAGGUCUUUCCCGACUCUUUUUUCGAAGAAAUUCAAGAGUUUCGUCGGCAUUAUCGAUGUCGGCUUAUGCUGCACUAUAAUCAGAUUUUUUAUCAAUAGGGCCAUAGACUCUCUCGAAACGUUUAGAAAAAAACAAUUAUAAGAGCUAUUCUAACCAGAGCUUCAUAAUAUAGGACUAGUUAGGAACUCCAGAGUGGUCCCUAUAGGGGCAACCUUAGUGACCACUUUACCAACCCCUGAAGGAGCCAAUAAAACUUGCAAAAGGGGUUCCUAUAGGGAACGUGCUAGUCUAUAAUUGUUAUGAACUCUAAGCGAAGAAGCAUUCUAUGAGAAAAACUGAAGCAACCGUUUUUUGAAUGAGUUUGGCGAAUCCCGAUAAGGUCCACUUAAUCUUUAGGGGCUAAGAGGUCAGAACCUUAACCUCCAUAGGGAUCACCUUAAUUUUUCUCUUAUAGAAACCACUUUUUUGCCCUCUAUAGGACCACACUGAAAUUCUAUAAAGAAAACUGGUCUCCAUGAAAACUCUGAUCUAAUUUUGCAAUAUUCGAAAGUAGCCUUGGAUUCUAACAAUAGGAAUCUCGGAAAAGAUCCAUGGACUUACCUUUGAUCCAUAAACUUUUGAAAUGACCACUAACUCGUUAAAAAUAACUCAUUACGAGCAAAUUCCAACACAGAAUUCUUUUAGCCUUCUUUUCUCUGUUUUAUUCUCGUUAUUUUAUCUUUUCUACAGUAUUAGUUCGCUUUGCACGAAGCAAAAAGUUGCGCCUGUCUGUGAAGUAGAAAUUUGCCUUUUUAACACCUUUCGGUUUAAAUCAAGAGGUAGAAAGGCUGGCGGUGGUUCCCUGUCAAGACAUCCAUUUUUUUGAAACCCGACAUGGCCUUGCGAUACAUAUUCUUCAAAAAAUUGGUAAUUAUAUCGAAAGAACCAAAGUUUGUAAAUGAAAUUUUUAACUCAUGUUCAGAAAUCUGCGAAUACUUACUUUUCAAUUAAUCCAGUAUUCGGCUGUUACGGAUUCCCAUCUUAUUUUUUUAAGUCUGGCUAUUCCUAGAAAUUUACAAACUUUGGUUCUUUCGAAUUUUUUUCUGAAGUAUUUUAUUUUUUUGACUUCCGCAUAUUUUUUUUGUUGAUUUUUUUCCAGCAUUUAUUCUUUUCUCUUCAAACCAAUAUUAAGAAAAACAAACAAUUUGAAAAAAACAAUGGCGAACAAGUCUUUUUUUCAAGAAGACAUUUUAAUAAAAUAAAGAAGUAGCAUAAGAUUUUCAUUAUUCUCCGAGUUUCACCGUUUUCAAAAAAAGCCCGUUUAUGAUUUUAAAAAAAUUGAAAAUUCGAAAUAAAAAAAUUCGAUUGUGCAAAAAGCGGUGAAAAUCGAUGAGUUUCGAGUUUCGGUCCCUUUUUCUUUUGAUUUGUGUCUUUUCUUGAACAUUCACGUUUGCAGUUUACGAGUGGAUGGUCCAAAACGUGCCUUAUUUCCGAGACAAAGGAGAUUCCAACAGUUCGGCUGGAUGGAAGGUUUGUGUUGAAUUUCUUCUUAUUGUUCGAGAAAAUAUGUUCGGUUUUUCCGUUUUUAUUUAAAAAAUUGAUGUAUUCCUCAAAAAAUUAAAGAUAUAACUUUUUUUUUGAAGAUUGAGCUUUUUUUGUUGAGUUCGAGGUUCUUUUUCGGGAUUUCUCUUCGUGCUGUUUUAUAUUCCAUUGUCCCAUUAUUAUAUACCCGGUACCUCGAGUUUGUCACUUUUUACGUUGUCAGACAUAAGUUCAAAGCUGGAACCUCAUAUUCUGCUUUUUGAUUUCUAAUCGUUGAUUCUUCUAUGGAACUCUUAUUUCAACUUAGCGAUCUUUGAAUUUUAAAAAUGUUCCAAAAGCAAUUUCCUUGAAUUUGAAUAUCUUUGACAAUCGAAGUAAAGGAAAAAUCAGGAUUUAGAAAAAUUUGCUAUAUUUCAUUGUGAAAAAUAAUCUUUUUUGAACAAAGUUCUAUUUUUUUAGUUGCUUUGCCCACUAUGAAACGACUUUAAAAAAACGAUUUCAUUCAUUUUUUUCAAUUUUUGACUAUUUCACUUCAAUUUAUUGCGCAGAACGAAUAGAUUCAGAUAGGGCAUGUAAUAGAAUCGGUUGUCAUUUUCUGCUCUUUUUUUCAUUCAAAAAUUGUUUCCAAAUGCGUUUUGAAUUCUACCAAGUCUGCGAAAAGAAUAUGCAAGCCAAGCAUACUGAAAAAGUUGUUUCUCCUUUUUUAUCCUGGCUCAACCAAGAAGAAUUGAAAAUCGAGAGGAAAAACGAAGAUCAAGCCCCUUUUUUGGAAAGACGUUCAUGUCUAUUAGCAGCUGACAAUAACGGAUUGGCCGAACGACCCCUGACCCGUUCGCUUCAUCUUCCUCGUGUUCCUCCUGCGCACCCUCACUCCACGUUCACCUCCCCUCCGUUUUUAUCGAUUGUAAAAAACAGCGCUGGUGCACUCCUCUCGGUGGACGCUGUCUCGCCGGUGUCACUCAGGACGUCGAGCCUCUCUGCCAAUCAUCCACUGUCUCUCGUCGACCCGUCCUCAGCGGCGACGCUUUUUUUUCGUCGCUCUCAACCGUAGUGUUCUCUCGCUUCUCCACCACUACUGCUGGCCGACGUUCCUUCGUUCUUCGUUCGCGCACACCAGUCUGGUGAUACGUUCACAGCUGUGCUCAACGUUCUUCCUUGCCGUUUGCUUCAGUCUUCCAAUCUUCCUUAUUUCGCCUCUUCCUGCUGCUACCAUGGAAGCUUCCUCGAGCGUCGACGACGAUUUCGUGCCUGAGCCACGUGAACGUUGUUAUACAUGGCCGAUGCAGCAGUUCGUCUACGACCAGCCUCCACCGCAAAUGAUGACGUCACCUAUGAUGCGUGAGCCGACUGUUGGUCAGAUGCUGACGUCGACCCCGUCUUCAUCCAACAUGGGAGCUCAUCUGAUGCCCCUCGGCAUGCACAUGGUGCCUGGAGGCAGUCACGGCGUCAACAUGAACAACCCCAUGUCUGGAGGCUCGGCUGGUGGUGGACCUAUUCCGAAGAAGAAGCGAUGUCGCAAGAAGCCUACCGAUCAACUAGCUCAGAAGAAGCCCAAUCCGUGGGGCGAAGAUUCCUACUCUGAUAUUAUCGCCAAGGCUUUGGAAAGCGCCCCUGAUGGCCGGCUUAAGCUCAACGAGAUCUACCAAUGGUUUUCCGACAAUAUUCCAUAUUUCCGUGACCGGUCUAGUCAGGAAGAAGCAGCCGGAUGGAAGGUAAUCUUCGCCUUUUUACUUAAAAAAAUGUCUUCUCAAUCAAUGGCCCUCCCAACGAGAGCAGUGAUUAAUGCCUAUGAAAGAGUGAGAGAGAGGGAGAGAGUAAGCGACAGAGAGAGUUGUUUUGAUGCCAUUUUUGCACGUGUGUUUUUCACUUUCGCUUCCCUUUUGCCUCUCUACGUGACUGUCACUUUCUGCAGUUCGCUCUCACAACCUCUUCCAGUUCCUUUGUUCGGGAGCUCCCAGACGUCUGGGACCGCGUCUUGUGUGCCUCCGUUCACAUGCCAACUUUACACCGAAAGAUUGCGAAAAAAUGAUUUUUAAAGAUGAAUGGAAAUGUUCGAUUAAAGUCCCGCGUUGCGAAAUGGAAAGGCCAUUUUCAAGCUCAGUAGGAGACCCGUGAUCCUGUUUCAGCGUAUAGAGAAAGGAAACUCAUUCUAUUCUAUUGUCUUCAUGAAGCCUGGAAAACUUUGCUGUUGAAAUUAUAAUCUAUUUUUAAUGUCACUAGAUUUUCAAUUAUUUGUUAAAGAAAAGUUUGCGUAUAGAUUUUCCAUUCAAAAUGCGGAAAAAAAAAAAUCAAAAAUUGCGUUUUCAGAACUCGAUCCGACACAACUUGUCGCUUCACUCCCGAUUCAUGAGGAUCCAGAACGAGGGCGCCGGAAAGUCCUCUUGGUGGGUGAUCAACCCCGACGCGAAGCCUGGCCGGAACCCUAGAAGACGCGAACGGGCCACCACCAUCGACGUCACCAACAAGGUUCCUUUUUUUUUUCAUUUUCCGGAAUGUUGAAAUAUUUGAAAGUGUUGAAACUAUUUAUGUUACAGGCGGCGCUCGAUAAGUCCCGAGGACGCGCCCGCAAGAAGAUAAAGGACCUCCGUUGCGGCCAAAUCAUCGGCAGCGUCAAUUGCAUGGCUGGCUCACAGGUUUGUCCAAUACCAUUUAAUAUAUUGAUUCUGAAGCAAGUUUUCGUUUAAUUUUUGUCUAUUUUUCUUUUUCGAAACAUUUUGAAAUGAUUAAAUUUUCAUCAAAGUAAACAUUUCAAAUCUAAAUAUAAUUUUCUUUUUUCAGGCCUCGAUUGUGUCUCACGACCUUUACGAUGAAGAGUCUAUGCAAGGAAAUUUUGAGCCGGUUUUCAGGUAAAUUCUUUUUUUUUUCGCUUAUGAAGUUUUUUUGGAAGUUGAGAUUUGUCAAGAUCAUCUAGUUUGGAAUAAGUAGUAAUAUGUAUCUUUCGGUCGAGUAUAUGAUUUUUAUUAUUUUAUCCAUUUUUUGGAGACUCGCAAAAAACUUGAAACUUUCCAGACCGCGAACGCAGUCCAAUCUUUCUGUGCCGGGGUCUUCGGCGCGGGUCUCCCCUUCGAUGGAGCAACCUUUCGACGACCUCGACUUCCCGCCCUGGGUGGACACGGCGUCGAACAUGGCCAUCCCCAACGACAUCGUCGACCGCACCGACCAGAUGCGGAUUGAUGCCGCGCGUUGUGGAAUCGGCAACAAUGGAAACAUGAACGCCUACGCCCAACAGCAGCACCAGAUGCAGCAGAUCAAGCAGGAGCCCAAGAUCAUCAAGGUCCGUUCUGGUUCUUAAUCGCGCCCCUAACUGGUUGAUUUGAAGCAGGAGAAUGGCGCCCCGCCGUCCUACCACGAACUGAACAGCGUCCGAGGUCCCUGUGCGCAGAAUCCGCUGCUCCGAACACAGAUGACGCCGCCUGGCAAGUAUCAACCGUGAGUUUUAUUUCUUCGUUUUUCUAUUUUGUUAGUAUCUUUAAAAGUGAGGCUUUCGCGCAGUUUGAAGUUUACAACUGUAUUUUAUUUAAAGAUUUUUAAUCGAUUAUAUUAUUAGUGACAGAAAUAGCCUUGAUUCCUUAUUUGACAAAAAACAAGUGUAAAAGAACGUUUCCUAUAUUUUUGAAGAUUUGUAGUUUUUUUUUCUGAUUCUAGAAGGGUAAAGGGCGUAAAGGACUCCUCCUGUCCCUCUCUUUUCAUAGAAAAUCAAUGGAUUUUUACGGAUUAGCCUCGGUUUUUUUUUAAUGUCGAUGGUCUUGAAACGAUUGGCGGAAAAAAAGUGAAGAAUAAUAGUUUUUUUCGAGUUUUUUUCAAAAAUAUAUCUGCAUUAAUGCUCAGAAAAAGGAUCGUUUGAAUGAAAUAUGAAAAUUUCCCAAAACAAGUUUUCUCGAGUAUUAUUCUUCACAUGAAAAAUUUCCACAAGUUGCUUCAACUAUACUAGUUAUCGAAAAUUCUCUACUUUUCAUUGCUGUUUCUUUGUGAAAAUCUUGUUGAGUAGGGUCAAUUCAAGUUUGAUUUCUGUUUUUGUCUAGCAAACGAGAUUUCGUCAUCGCAACUUGAUAAGCGAAUUUCAUGCAAGACUUGCAGGAUGAACAUGUACCAGGCGUACGGAAACUGGGGAGCAGCUGGCGUGCCGGUCUCGGCUCACGCGUGCGGAGUUCAGCAACAGUCGCAGUCUCUCGGCAGCGCCCUCCCGAUUGACCUCGAGAAUCUGACCCUGCCGGACCAGCCGUUGAUGGACGUCGACAUGGACGUUGAGUCAUUGCUCCGCCACGAGCUCAGCCAGACCCGCGACCACCAACUCAACUUUGAUCUCUGA